AAACUAUCUGUAGUUUGCAAGUUAAUGUAUCAUAGUUUUAAUAAAUUCUCAUGUGUUGAUAUAUAUACUAAAGUUAGUAAUUUAAAAGAGUUAUUUUGUGAAGUGGUUGGACAUAUUUAUAUUGUGUUUUUAACAAACAUGUGUAUGGGAAAAAGACUACUGUGACUAAAGGACUUGUGAAACAUCGUUUACUAUAUGUGGUCAUUGGAUAUGGAGAAGAUUCAAAAAUUUUUGUUCUAUCACAACUUUACAUGGAUUUAUUCACAUUGGCGGACCAGAUAUUUCAUUGAGACAAAGAAUAAUUUGGGCUGUGAUGACUCUAGCUGCAUGGUCCACUGCAAUAACAUUUUUGUAUUUUUCUUUACAUAGUAGCACCUCAGAAACUUUAAUGGUUAUAGAGAGCACCCACCAUGGCAUUUGGAACAUACCCUUCCCUGCAGUAACAAUUUGCAAUAUUAAUAGAAUUUCCAGAUCAGCGGCGGUUAGAAUGGCCAGAAAAUUAAAAAGACCCAAGGACGUCUCAAUUGAAGAUGCAAUAAGAAUGUUACGGACUUUGGUGACAGCAUAUCAUUCUUUCGGCGCCAACACCACACAGGCAACAAAUGAUUUAGAGGAAUUAUUUGCCAUUAAUAAUAUCACUGUGGAAUAUGCUAUGGAUAAUUUAGCACCUCAAUGUAAUGAUAUGAUAAAACGAUGUAUGUGGAAAUCUAGUGAAGUAAAUUGCGAAUCAAUUUUCCAAAGAGUUAUGUCCAGCCAAGGAUUAUGUUGUUCCUUCAACUAUUAUGGACGCACACACAAUUUUGCACCGAAAUACAAAUUAGGAUUCCAUCUCCUGGGGAUCGCGGACAUAGUACAAGAAGAGAUAGACAGGGGUUUACAACCUUUUUUUAAAAGAUCAAUUCCGAGAAAUAGAAGAGAAAAUCACAACACAAUCGGUGAAGGUUGUGUGGACAAGCCACUAGCUACUUUAUGGCGAAACUACACGCAGAGUUCCCGUCCCAACGUUGCUAUGACGGUCAGCGUUGCCACAAGCGGUCUGAAAGCUACCACCAAACAGCAUGGGCUCACCGAAUAUUGGGCGCACCGCAUCACCCAUUGCAGCGCACCUGCCGCCUAUCCUCGACUCUUCUGCUGGGUUUAUAGACACGAAGGACGAAAACUUAAACACGAACUUCGAUGUCAUGCUGUAUUCUGCUCUCGUGAAUCAGCUGCUACUGAAAUCGCUAAUUUGCUUCAGCAAAACCUAGCAAGAGCACUUAGUGAAUUCCGCAGAGAGAAAAUUUCCAGACAGAACGCUCGCUUAAGCUUAGCCAACAGCGUUUACGACAACCCUAGUCUACCUCGAAGAAAGAUCUUAUUGAGCGUUGGUGGUAAUAAUUACAGGCCGCCUCUCGAGCGUUCCAAGAGCGCUCCCAAAUUGGUGUCGAUAGAAGAGAAUAUCGAGGAAGAACAGGAGGAAGACGAAAGCCGCCUAGCACCGCAAGAGCGUUGCUGCCAAAAUAACGAUAUUUUUCCCUCGUACACCUUAGGCAGACGAAGGUGUCCGAAGGGACAUUCCAUAAGGAGACACAGACCAAAGGUACAAUCUUCAAAGAAUCUCAAUUCCGAAAUAGUUCCUGAAAAAUCUAAUGAAAAUGAAGAUAAAGACGAAAUUCAUGAAUCGCGCGUCCACGAAGAAGAAGACGAUGCCUUCUUCGAGUUGAUAACCACCCAACCACCUAGUAUCACCAUGGCAAUUAUCUCUACUGGUGAUAGUGAUGAAGGUGGUUCGAUAUCGAGUGGCUGUGAAACCGCAAGUACAGUAACAGCUUCCGAUGUAGAAAAUGGUAAUCACGAAAAACGAACGAAUUCUAGACCAACUUCCGACGGAGAAAUAACUCCAGAGGCAGAAGUGCAAUUGGAACCAUUUGGAGAAACAGGAGAUGAAAAAGAAUUCAGAAGAAGUUUCAGAAAAAGUUUUAAGAAGAGUAUUAAACGCAAUGUCGCUGUCUCUGAAGUAGUUGAAUUUAUUGAAGGACAUACAAUAGUCACAGGUUUUGAAACAACUACUGAUGAACAUUCAGAUGCUCAAUUGGAUAGCGAUGGUGAAUUCAGCGAUGAAUCAGGAUACGUGGAGUUAUUAGAUGCCAAAUGUAAAACAAUAGUACAUAACCAACGGCCGGUACUUGUAUAA